GUACAGGGGAGAAAGGGGGUGGCGAGGAAUCCAGGGCAAUUAGAGAGAGUGAGAAAGAGGGAAACGGGAUGAAGAAAGGAAGGUUUUGAGAAAAAGAAAGAGACUGCUUACUUGUAUUGUCCGUACAUGAAAGCAAGCGGGCGGCAGAAGGAUUACGCGCGCGGGCCAGAACAGCAGCAGGUGCUAGUGUCGCGGGCGUUGGAAGUUGAUAAGGAGGGAGGAGGAGAUGGAGGAGAAGGAAGAUCAGUAGAAAAAGGAGGAAGACGAGGAGGAAGAGCAAGAGGAAGGGGAGGAGGAGGAGGAGGAGCAGGUGCUGGAGGACCAGGAGGAGGAAGAGCAGGAGGAAGGGGAGGAGGAGGAGGAGCAGGUGCUGGAGGACCAGGAGGAGGAAGAGCAGGAGGAAGGGGAGGAAGACGAGGAGUAGGAGGAGCAGGAAGCGCAGGCGGAAGGGGAGGAAGAGGAGGAGGACGAGGAGGAGGACGAGGAGGAGGACGAGGAGGAGGAGGAGGAGCAGGUGCUGGAGGACGAGGAGCAGGAAGAGCAGGAGGAAGAGGAGGAGGAGGAGGAGGAGGAGGAGAUUCCUAUUGCAUGUCAUGAUGACUGAGCAAAAGCUGGCAACGGAAGGUUGUCCAUCGAAGGUAGGGCAUCAUCACGUUAGGCUUAUUAGCUGCUAGGAUCUUCCCGACCCUAUCUGGGUCCACUAAGAGCCAGAUAGUCGCGGAGGAAGUCCUGGUGUGAUUAUGCCCUGACUACUUCAAUAAAGGUCAAUUCACUGG